AUAUAUUUCCUUUGGCAUAUGGUGUUCUUGAUUCUGAAAAUGAUGCAUCUUGGAUGUGGUUCUUCGAGAAUCUAAAGGAAGCGUACGGGGUUAGGCAAAACAUGUGUGUUGUGUCUGAUAGGAAUCCAAGCAUUAUAAAGGCUGUUGGUGAUGUGUAUGAAGAUGUUCCACAUUAUGCAUGUAUUUGACAUCUAUGGGGUAAUGUGAAAAAACUUUACAGAAAGUCACACGAUGCAUUGUCGGAGAUAUUUUAUACAAUGGUCAAAUCAUAUUCAAAGUCAGAAUUUCACAUGUUAAUGAAAAGAGUUGAGGCAGCUGAUAUGAGAGUGAAGAUAUGUUUGGAAUUGGCCGGUUAUGAAAAGUGGGCUAGGUCGCAUGCAAAAGUUCACAGAGGAUGGACUUUGACUUCAAACAUUGCAGAGUCAAUAAAUGGAGUGCUUGUAUCAGCUAGAGAAUUGCCAAUUUAUGACUUUCUUGAGAAAGUUCGAUUACUGUUUGCAAAAUGGAAUUGUGCAAAUAGGAAGGAGGCUUCAUAUACCUUCAUAACAAUCAUUGGAAAUUUUAAUGACAUAUUCAGUGAGAACGAGGCUUUGUGUACCCGUAUGACGGUUGUAUCAGCCACAAAGUAUGUAUAUACGGUACACGACAAACAAAAGCACUUCAUUGUUUGCAUCAAAGAAAAUAAAUGCUCAUGUAAUACUUUUCAAAUAGAUGAGAUACCAUGUGCACAUGCUUGUGCGGUGUUAGAGAAAAAGAAUUUUGAGAAGGGGCCAUACUGUUCUGAUUUGUUUAAACUAAAAACAGUUUUGAAGACAUAUGAUGUUCCAAUGUACCCGUUGCCACACAGCGAUGACUGGAUAAUUCCAGAGACCACACUUGCUGAAAUAGUACUGCCUCUAAAAUACAAAAGACCUCCAGGAAGACCUGCAAAGAAGGAUCGUGGAAAAUCAGGCCGGGAUAUGUUUGGAAAGAAGAAUAUCUACUCAUGUGGUGGUUGUGGGGUUAAGGGUCACAAUAGGCACUCUUGUAGGAAAUAUAAAUGAUACAUUUCUUUUUUUGUAUUGUUUCUUAUUUUUUUUUUCUUUUUUUAUAAUGAUGAACUAAUUCAGUCUAGUUAAUGCAUUUAUGAAUCAUUUGACAAUUGAAGACAGUAAUAUCUGAAUAAUAGAGCUAUAUAUGUUUCAA